CUGAUUAUGAUCGUGGACAAAAAACAUGAACCCUUCUUUAGUUUUUAAAAGCCUAUCAUUAAUUUCUAUCUUCAACUUAUAAGCUUUUUUCUUCCACUCUUUUUUUUUCUCCGAACCCAAAAUUUAUAUCUCUUUCUUGCAUUUUAAGUUAGCUCAUCCUUAUUCCUCUUGAUCUAUCCCUGAAAUGAGGUUCAGAUUUUUUCCCUUUGUUGUUCUCUUCUUUUUUUACUUCAACAACAACCAAUCAUGGGGGUGGAUGAACACGAACCAACAACCUCAAUUCUUCAAACUUAUGAAAAGCUCUCUCUUUGCGGCCGCUUUGUCCUCCUGGAAUAUCUCUGACGAGAGUACUUUGUACUGUAACUUCACCGGCGUAAGCUGCGACGAUCAAGGGCAAGUCACCGAUCUUGAUUUUUCCGGUUGGUCUCUCUCCGGGAUAUUCCCAGAUAGGAUUUGCUCUUACUUACCAAACCUCCGUGUGCUUCGUCUCUCUCACAACCAUCUGAAUAGAAGCACCAGCUUUCUCAACACCAUCACUGAGUGUUCUCUUCUUCGAGAGAUAAACAUGAGUUCUCUCUAUCUCACAGCCACACUACCUGAUUUCUCACCGAUGAAAUAUCUAAGAGUCAUCGACAUGUCUUGGAACCACUUCACCGGUAGCUUCCCACUCUCGAUUUUCAAUCUUACCGAUUUAGAGUAUCUCCAUUUCAAUGAGAACCCAGAGCUCGAUCUCUGGACUCUGCCGGAUUAUAUCUCAAAGCUAACGAAGCUCACACACAUGCUCCUCAUGACGUGUAUGCUCCACGGUAAUAUCCCGAGAUCCAUUGGGAAAUUGACUUCCCUAGUUGAUCUCGAACUUAGCGGAAACUUCCUCUCCGGCAAGAUUCCAAAAGAAAUCGGAAAUCUUUCCAACCUAAAGCAACUUGAGCUCUACUAUAACUAUCACUUAACCGGGAGUAUACCGGAAGAAAUCGGAAAUCUCAAGAAUCUUACGGACAUAGAUAUUUCGGUUAGCAGGUUAACCGGAAGCAUACCGGAAUCAAUCGGAAGUCUUCCGAAACUCCGAGUCCUUCAGCUCUACAACAACAGCUUAACUGGUGAGAUUCCCAAGUCACUUGGCAACUCAACAACCUUAAAGAUCUUGUCUCUCUACGACAACUACUUAACCGGUGAACUCCCUCCAAAUCUCGGAUCUUACUCGCCUAUGAUGGCUCUUGAUGUCUCAGAAAAUCGGCUCUCGGGUCCUCUUCCAACCCAAGUUUGCAAAUCUGGUAAGCUUUUGUAUUUUCUUGUCCUACAAAACAGGUUCUCUGGUUCGAUCCCUGCGACUUAUGGGAGGUGCAAGACUCUUAUACGGUUCCGUGUGGGGAGCAACCUCCUCGUGGGAGUUAUACCACAAGAAAUUACGUCUCUGCCUCAUGUCUCCAUCAUCGAUUUAGCUUACAACUUCUUAUCCGGUCCAAUACCUAAUUCCAUCGGAAAUGCUUGGAAUUUGUCAGAGCUGUUUAUGCAGGGUAAUAAAAUUUCCGGUGUUAUUCCUCACGAGAUCUCUCAUGCAACUAAUCUUGUGAAGCUUGAUCUUAGUAACAAUCAAUUAAGUGGUCCAAUACCUUCAGAGAUCGGGAGACUCAGGAAACUAAACUUACUUGUUUUGCAAGGCAACCACAUCGGUUCUUCAAUUCCUGAAUCGCUUUCUAAUCUCAAAUCUCUCAACGUUCUUGAUCUGUCCAGUAAUCUCCUUACCGGAAGAAUCCCUGAAGACCUCUCCGAGUUGCUCCCAACCUCUAUCAAUUUCUCCAGAAACCAGCUCUCUGGUCCCAUUCCUGUCUCAUUAAUAAGAGGAGGUCUUGUAGAAAGCUUUUCGGAUAAUCCUAAUCUAUGUGUUCCGUCAAACGCUGGUUCAUUAGAAUUCAAGUUUCCGAUGUGUCAAGAGGCUGACAGAAAGGAGAAGCUGAGCUCGAUCUGGGCAAUCCUUGUCUCAGUCUUCAUCCUACUCCUAGGGGGCAUCAUGGUUUACUUGAAACAACGGUUGAUUAAAAACAGAGCAGUGAUAGAGCAAGACGAGACCUUAGCGUCUUCUUUCUUCUCCUACGAUGUCAAGAGUUUCCACCGCAUAAAUUUCGAUCAAAGAGAGAUUCUCGAAGCUCUUGUGGACAAGAACAUCGUAGGACAUGGUGGUUCAGGUACGGUCUACAGAGUAGAGCUUAAAUCUGAAGAUGUAGUGGCGGUGAAGAAACUAUGGAGCCAAAGUAGCAAAGACGCAGCUUCUGAAGACAGAUUGCAUUUGAACAAAGAGUUGAAAACCGAAGUUGAGACACUCGGGAGCAUUCGCCAUAAGAACAUCGUCAAGCUCUUCAGCUAUUUCUCAAGUUUGGAUUGUAGUCUUUUGGUGUAUGAGUACAUGCCUAAUGGUAACUUGUGGGACGCUCUUCACAAAGGCUUCGUUAAUCUCGAGUGGCCUACUCGUCAUCAAAUCGCGGUUGGAGUCGCUCAAGGAUUGGCUUACCUUCACCAUGAUCUCUCGCCACCAAUCAUUCAUCGUGACAUCAAAUCCACAAACAUCUUAUUGGAUAUAAACUAUCAGCCUAAAGUUGCUGACUUUGGCAUAGCAAAGGUCUUGCAGGCUAGAGGAAAAGAUUCAACGACAACCGUUAUCGCCGGCACCUAUGGUUACUUGGCCCCAGAAUACGCGUACUCCUCCAAAGCAACAAUAAAAUGCGACGUAUACAGUUUCGGGGUUGUGUUAAUGGAGCUAAUCACGGGGAAGAAACCAGUGGACUCGUGUUUCGGUGAGAACAAGAACAUAGUGAAUUGGGUGUCAACAAAGAUUGACACAAAAGAAGGUUUGAUUGAAAUAUUAGACAAGAGAUUAUCAGAAUCAUCGAGAGCCGAUAUGAUCAAUGCAUUGCGAGUGGCUUUCCGUUGUACGAGCAGGACUCCAACAAUCCGUCCUACCAUGAACGAAGUUGUCCAGCUUCUGAUUAACGCAGCGCCACAUGCAGGAGUCGACAUGACCUCUAAAUCCACAACAAAGGUUAAGGAUGCAGUACUAUCAGAUAAUAUCACACAAACAAGAGUCUAGUCUUCUUGCUUUCUUGAUAAAGAUGUGUAGCAACAGUUCGUAUAACUUCUAUUUUAUAUCCUGUAUUUAUAAUAGAUGAAACUGCUUGCAUCUUUCUACGUAUUUACCAUAAAUCCUUUAAAGACUUAGAUUAUUU